AUGACCUCCCUUCGUAUUCUUGUCCUCCCUCAGUUGUACCUAAAUGUAAAUAAUUACUUCAAAAUGGCCCUCCACCCCCUCAACAGCAUCUCCAUCGUCGAGCUAGCAAUCUACACCCCCGCCCUCCUCAUCGCCAUCCUCCUCUCCACCCGCCAUGGCUUCCGCAAAAACGCCGGCUGGCUCUACCUCAUAAUCUUCACCACCACCCGCAUCGUCGGCUCCUCCCUCAACCUAGCCACCAUCGCCUCCCCCUCCAACCCCAACCUCAUCGUCGCCUCUCAAGUAAUGUACUCCAUCGGCGUCUCCGCCCUCGUCAUCUGCCUCUCCAACCUUUUAGGCCGAGUCCUCCUGGGUAUCCGACAACAAGGAACCCAGACGUUCAUCAGCCCACGCCACCAGAGACUUGCGCAAGUGGUGAUGUUGAUAGGGUUGAUACUUUCGAUUGUAGGGCAGAGUAUGAUGAGUGGUGAGAUUGGAGAUGCGGUUAGUGGGACGACGGGACAGCAGGCGGAGGUGGUGACUGUGCCGAAUGAGAGCCAGGCUGGGUUGGGGUUGACUAUGGCUGGGUUGGGGUUUGUAGUUUUGGGGACGUUGGUGACGAUGGUGGAGAUAGGGGCGGUGGAGCCAGGGGAGAAGAGGUUGUUGUUUGGAGUUGGGCUGGCGUCGCCGUUUAUGAUUGUCAGGAUCGUGUUCUCAGGGUUGGCUACAUUUGGGACAGAUCCGAGGUUUAAGAGUUAUGGCGGGGUGGGGAGUUUUGUGUGGUAUUUUCUUGGGAUGGGAGUGAUUAUGGAGAUGAUGGUUGUGUUGAUAUUGGAGGGCGCUGGGUUGACGUUAAACAGGCAGCCGAGUGCUGUGCCGGUUGGGAGGUGGAGAGAAAGAAAGUUUGAGGUUUAUUGA